AUGCUCAGUGGGCACGUGGCGCUGCAGACAGCCGCCGUCCUGCCCACACGCGAGGCCGGGGCCAAGCGCCCAGCGGGCUCGCGAGCACCCAGGUCCCCGCCCAGGUCCCGCCGCCGGUUGGAGCCCCGCGCCCCGCCCGCAGGUGCAGAUGGGGCCCCAGCGCCGCGGUCCCUGCGCUGCCACCUCCCGCCGGCAGGGGUCGCUGCCCGCCCGGCCGCCCGCCCUCCAGCUCGCUCGGCUCCGCCCAGAAGUCCCGCCCCGUCGGACGGCCCCGUAGGCAGGAAGUCCCGCCUCUUCCGGAAGUCAGGUGCCUGGAAGAUGGCGGCGCCCAGGGGCGCGGGCGUGCGGGCCCGGGGAGGCGGCCGGGGACGCCGCGGGCCGGGGGCGCUGAGGCGGCUGAAGCUGGCGGUGGAGGGCUUCGUGCAGGCCCGCGGCGGCGCCCCGGAAGGCGGCGGGGGACCCCGGGCGGGGCGGCGGGCGGCCAGGCCCAGCGGGCGCGAGCGGCGGCGGGAGAAGCGGCGGCUGCGGAGGGCGCGGCGGGCGGGGGCCACGACUUCCGGGGACCGCGAGCCCCCCGGGGGUGUCAGCAGCGCCCGGAGCCGCGCCCCUCCCGGGGCUGUCGGGGACGCCGGGAGCGCGGGGAAGCCGGGGCCCCCGAGGGACGGAGCCGGGAGCGCGGGGAAGCCGGGGCCCCCGAGGGACGGAGCCGGGAAGCCGGGGAAGCCGCGGCCCCCGAGGGACGGAGCCGGGAAGCCGGGGAAGCCGCGGCCCCCGAGGGACGGAGCCGGGGCGGCGGGCACCCGCGACGCGGACCACGAGGAGGACCGCGAGCUGCGGCGGCUGGAGCGCUGCCUCGGGCUGGGCCGGGGGAAGGCGCUGCCGCUCAGCUUCGCCCGCGACGGGCUGGACUAUGUCCUGGGGGCGCUGGGCGCCGGCUCCGCGCUGCCGUCCCCGCCCCGCCGCCGCCCCGACGACCGUGACGGCGACCCCGGCGACUCCGACGACCGUGACAGCGACCCCGACGGCCCGGAAGAUGGGGAGCGAGGAGGCUGUGAGGACGAGGACAUGGGCGACGGGGACAUGGACGACGGGGACGAAGAAGACGAGGACGACGGGGACAUGGGCGACGGGGGCGACGACGACCGCCCAGAGAGGGAGGAGGAGGAGGCCGCCGAGCCGGAGCCCCGACAGGCCGGGGGAGACGCCGCUGAGGAGCCGCGGGUGCGGAGAGUUCGCUUCGCUGAAGACAGCAUGGCCGCGGAACCCGGGGAGCAGGUGUGGUGGGGGAACUCGGGGCAGGUGUUCUACCUGCAGGGCGGCGGGCGAUACCUGCCCCCCCAGGCGCGCGGGGCAGAGGUGGCUUCAGACGCCCAGAAGACUGUGGCCCUGGACAGACUGCGGCGGCAGGUGCAGGGCCUGGUCAACAGGCUGAGCGAGCCCAACCUGGCAUCCGUCAGCGCGCAGCUGGAGGAGCUGUUUCUGGCGCACAGCCGCAAGGACGUGAAGGACACGCUGACCGCGGUGCUGCUGGCCGCCUGCGCGCCCCCCGAGCCCGUGCCCGGCCGCCUGGUCAGGGAGCACGUGCUGCUGCUGGCGGUGCUGCACCGCCGUGUGGGCGCCGAGGUGGGUGCGCACUUCCUGGAGGCCGUGGUGCGGAGCUUCGAGGCAGCCUACGGCGCGGGCGGGGGCCCCGGCAAGGAGUGCGAGAACCUGUGCUCGGUGCUGGCCCAGCUCUACAACUUUGGGGUGGUGGCGGCCGGGCUGGUGCUGGGCGCCCUGCGUAGGCUGCUGGCCGCCUUCGGGCCGAGGGACCUGGGCCUGGCCCUGCAGCUGCUGCGCGACGUGGGCUUCUCCCUGCGCAGGGAUGACGCUGCCGGCCUGCGGGAGCUCAUCGCCGAGGCCCAGGCCAGGGCCGCCCAGGCCGGUGCCGAGCUGCGUGACCAGACGCGGGUGCGCUUCAUGCUGGACACCAUGUUGGCACUCAAGAACAACGAUGUGCGCAAGAUCCCCGGCUACGACCCGGAGCCCGUGGAGAGGCUGCGCAAGCUGCAGCGGACGCUGGUGCUCGGUGCCGGCUCAGGGUCCGACUCACAGCUCCGGGUGUCCUGGGAUGCCAUCCUCAACGCCGACCGGACGGGGCGUUGGUGGAUCGUGGGGUCCUCGUGGAGCGGGGCCCCCAUGAUCGAGGACGGGCCACAGAGGAGUGCCCAGAAGACGCCUGAGGGCACGGUCAGCGCGGGGAUUCUGGAGCUGGCGCGCAGUCAGAGGAUGAACACGGACGUGAGGAGGACCAUAUUCUGCACCAUCGUGACCAGCGAGGAUUUCCUGGAUGCGUUCGAGAAGCUGUUGCGGCUGGGGCUCAAGGAACAGCAGGAGCGUGAGGUGGUGCACGUGCUGGUGGCCUGCUGCCUGCAGGAGACGACCUUCAACCCCUUCUAUGCCUUCCUGGCCGCCAAGCUCUGCAGCCACGAGCGGAGAUUCCAGGUGACUCUCCAGUUCAGCGUCUGGGACAGGUUCCGGGAGCUGGAGACCCUGGGGGCCGGCAGUCGCGCCAACCUGGCCCAGCUGCUGACCCACCUGCUGAAGAGCCGCGCCCUCCCGCUCUCCGUCCUCAAGGUGGUGGAGUUCAGCGAGCUGGACAAGCCCCGCGUCUGCUUCCUGCGGAGGGUCCUGCGUGCGCUUCUGAGGGAGACCGAGGCGGAGGACCUUGGCGCCAUCUUCGCCCGGGUGGCCGACAACCCCAAGCUGGCCGUGCUGCGUGAGGGCCUGAGACUCUUCAUCAGCCACUUCCUGCUGAGGGGCCCGCAGGCCUGCGGGAGCGUGGAGGAGGCCGGCCUGCUGCGGGAGAGGGCGGACCUGGCGGCCAGGGCGCUGCAGGGGAGGGGCACCCUGAGCCUGUAGCCUGUGAGAGCCCUGCUCAGCUGUGGCUGGAGGUGGUGCUGGGGGUUGAACCUGUGGUGUUCCCGUCUAUCCGACUGUCUGUCUGUCUAAGGGGACGGCGGGUCCUGGACUCUGGGUGGGCAGCCUGCUGGCCGUUUCAUCCUCAUACCCUCGAGGUUCAUGUGACGAGAACCAGAGCUUCACUCUUGAUACUUGCUGUCGGGGCCAGGCCGGACCCCCACAGCUGACGGAAGGACGGACGGCAGGAGCAAGGACACGCCAGGGCCUGCCCCCUCCGGGCUGACCUGUCCCCCACCCAGUGUGCACACAGGCAACACCGGCCACUAGGGGGAGCCACCAACCAGCCUCUGAGGCCUGUGAUUCUGAGCCAGUGCUGGGGCAGGGGCGCCCCAGGACCAGCGAGAAGCCAGGUUGGGUUUGGCAGCUCCUGGUAGCGGGGGCUGAUCCGUGCUCUGGCCAGAAGGAAGCAGGGACAGACUGAGUCCAGCACCCCUGCCAGAGGAGGCCUGGUGCCCGUAGAUCCUCACGUGCCCGGACGCCCGGUGGUGGGAGGUGCCCGUGGCCCAGCUCCCAUCUGUGUCUGGCCAGUCUGCUGUCUCCUCUGAAUUGUAAAGCCCCUUCCCAAGCAAGCAGCCCCCAGCCCUUCCCCCCACCGCUGCCACUGCUGGGCCAGCUUCUGGGGUGAGGGUGACCACAGGGCCAUCACUGAAACCCACCACUGCCCACCCGGGCCUCCGUCCCCUUGCCGACGCCCUGGGGCUGCUGACUUCUCUACCACCAAGCGUCUGGGAGGCUGUUGGCAGCGGCCCUCUGGGGCCACCCGCCCUGAGUGCAGUGUUCUUCCCGACCCCGUGGUCCCAUCCUGGUGCGAGGCACCUGCCGUAGCCCCACAAGCUCAGAAGCCGUCGGUGUCUGGGCCCUGGCCUCUGAGCUUGGGUGCGCAGUGAGUGGCCGGAGCGCUGAGACGCACCAUGACCGGCGUGGCAGCAUUGGCACCUGAGGAUCACAGCCACCCUCUUCCCGCAGCUCUGAGCUCCAGUGAGGGGCGCACCUGGGCGUGGCAGCCCUGGGGACCCCAGCCAAGCUGUCCUCUGGAGAAAGUGUGAGCAUGGACGCAGCACAAGUGACCCCAGCUGGGAAGACCCGGCCCCGUGGAGAGCUGCGGAAUCUGGUGUGGAGUCUUCUAGAAG